GACUCACUGGUGUUGUCUUGACAAAGCAAAUUCAUUUUCCAGUGGUGUCAGUCGGGGAGAAACAACCUGUGAACAUGUCUAACACUGCGGAAGACAGCAGCGCAGGAAGUGUUGCCAAAGACAGCAAAACGGCAACAGACAGGGCGGCAUGCACAGAGAACCUGACAGAGACUGAUGCCUUCAUCAGAAGCUCUUUAGCUUUGGAUCCUGCAGAGGAGUACAAGAUGAGCAACAAACGACGAGGCCUCGCACUCAUCUUUAACCAGGAGCGCUUCUUCUGGCGCCUGGGGUUGAGCGACAGGCACGGGACCAACGCUGACCGCUACAACUUGGAGAGAAGACUGAAAGAGCUGGACUUUGAAGUGAAGGCUUAUGACAACUACAAAGAGGAUGAAGUCCUACAAAAAAUCAAUGAAGCUGCUGAAGACGAUCAUUCAGAUGCAGACUGCUUUCUGCUCGUCUUCCUGAGCCAUGGCGAGAAUGACCAUGUUUAUACCUACGACGGCAAGAUAAGCAUCCAGGACAUCACAUCAAUGUUCAAAGGAGACAAGUGCAGAAGCCUUGUAGGAAAACCAAAGAUCUUUGUAUUACAGGCAUGCCGUGGAGACAAGCAUGAUGAUCCAGUGACCCCCUGUGAUGCCGUGGACAAUGAGAUAAAGACGAAUGAGGUGGUGGUGGACGCCAGCACCGUAUACACCCUCCCUGCUGGAGCUGAUUUCAUCAUGUGCUAUUCUGUGGCUGAAGGCUACUAUUCCCACCGGGAGACCAUCAACGGAUCCUGGUAUGUCCAGGAUCUGUGUGAGCUGCUUCGGAAGUAUGGGGAUUCCCUUGAAUUCACGGAGUUACUCACACUGGUCAACAGAAAAGUGUCAAUGAGGAGCGUAGGGAACUGUAAUGACCGGAGUGCGAUUGGGAAGAAGCAAGUACCUUGCUUUGCUUCAAUGCUCACCAAGAAACUCUACUUCCGACCAAAACAGUAACAGUUUCAGAUCUCAGUCAUUAAAUUAGCUGAUUUUCUAUUUAUGCCUGGAAAUUAGGGUCUCUGGAAGGGGGAUUUUUUUCUUUUCAAUUUCUGUUUUUCUCCAGUCAUCUACUGUAUGUUGCUUGUGAAUGCUAUUAUUUACAUAUGCACUGAAUAAUCAGCUAUUUACAGGUUUAGUUUUUCCAAUCGAAUCAGUGGUUACAAAAUAACAGGAGCAACAUGUACUGACAUGAGCUGAAAUACUGUGAACAUUCUUGGCCUCAGGCAAUCUCAUCACUCUGAAACCUCAUAUAAUUUGGAAUUGUGGUUUCAUUUGUUAUGUAAUGUUUCUUCUUGAGAAACCAGAUUUUAUAAACCUUCACCUGGUUUAUACGUUUUUUUUUUUUUUUGUGUGUGUUUGCAUCUGCAUGACAGAGAAUCCAGGCAGGACGAUCUGUGGCAGCAGUAAGAGUAGAGAGUAGAGGUGAAAUCUGAUUACUGCGCAGCUGCAAGUAAACAUGUUGCAGUAUCUUAUUUACAGGUUUACCUAACCUAUCCUAACCUGUUUUCUCACACUAAUCUGGUUUCUUAUGUAAUUGUAAAUGUACAGUAGAUGUUAUAAUGCAAUCCAAUACAACAGCCCUGCAGUAAUUCAAAGGUAAUUUUGUAUAUUGGAGGACCAAGAUAGACUCAUCACAGCUACAUGUAUGCAUUGACUGGUUUGUGAAAAAUCUUGCUUUAUUUGUCACUACUAUUAGAAAACCAAAUUUAAAGGCUCCCUGUAAAACAUGCAGGUGUUUCAAAGUAUUUUACAGCAGAAGUGGACCAAAGACCAGCAAAUACCACCUCUGUAAAACCAGAAAAGUUCAUAAGCUUUUAUAAAACAAAACAUUAACCUUUUAGGGAAAAGGUGCAGAGGCACUACUUUAUACAGCAAAUGCAAUAUAUUUGUGUAGUGAUUAGUCUUUAGGCAAUCAUUUACUGACUAAAUUUAUCAUGAGAUGAGAAGCAUCGGGAUUUGGGUGGCUUAUCAGUGUAUAUAUACAUAUUUACAGAAAUACUGCAAUGUGAUUUUUUUUUUUUUUUUCACUUAUUUCUGCCAGAAACGUGUGGACUCAUUUUUGACAGCAUAAUUCAUGGUCUUCUUAUAUUGGAUUGCAUUAUGGUUUAAGUUGUUCCUGUUAUUUUACCCAACCACUGUAGCUCAAUACACAUUUUGCACUUUAAAAAAAAAAUUGCUUUUAAAUUGCAGGAUUAUCACAGAACACAUUUUGUGUCAGCUACUUUUCAUAGCCUUUUGUGGUAUUUUAUCUUAGCUUGUUUAAUCCAGUUUUAACUAUUGUGGUACUACAGAAAUGUUUGCUUAUUCUCUAGCCGACUGUCUUUUUACCUUAACAAGCCAAGAAAAUGGUAGCUUUUGAAAUAACUGGUGGCCUUGCUCAAGCAAGCUUUCCUUAGACUAAACACUGUCUAAGAGGAAGCUAGAAGUGUCAGGUGAGGGUUUUUUUUUUAGCUGUACAGUCAGUUACAGGUAUGUCAAAUAUUUUCCAACUUACUGUAUCUUGCGAGGCAGGUGACAUAACAGCAUGACAACCAGGAAACAGUACUCCUAAUGAUUUUGUUCACAUCAGGGUUAAAUACUUGUCAUAGCAGAUUAUCCAGUCACAACGUAAACAUGCUGUUUGUUCAAGCUCGCUCCAUCAAAAAGGGAAUUCAUGUUUGUGCUCUUCUUUGUGUCGUAGCAGUUUACAGUACUAAAUUUAAUAAUGCGUAUUUGCACCCAAAACGGCAACAAACACCAGUGUGGAAAGUACCUCAGGGAGAAGGGGUGUCCUUUUACACAUGUACUGUGGACCUAAAACACUUUCAGCUGUGUCACAUGAUCUAUAAACUCAGGAAAAACAAAGUUACCAGCAUACACUCAUCCUGUAUUUUUGUGGUCUUACUGUUUUGACUUUUUACAAUAAAUUCUGUGUGAUAUUA